GGACAUCCCCGUCCUCACCGCUGCCCGAUUCCCCGCAGCAAGGCGGAGGCGGAGGCCAUCGAGAAGGAGCUGCUGGAGGAUUACCGCUUCGGGCGGCAGCAGCUGAUCGAGAUCUGGGGACACGCCUGUGCCAUGGCCGUGACCAAGGCCUUCCCGCUGCCGUCCCUCCCGCGGAAGCAGCCCACGGUGCUGGUGGUGUGCGGCCCGGCGCAGAACGGUGCCAUCGGGCUGGUGUGCGCGCGGCACCUGCGGAUCUUUGACUACGAGCCCACCAUCUUCUACCCCAAGCGCUCCCCGGACCCCCUGUACCGGGACUUCACCACGCAGUGCGAGAAGAUGGACAUCCCCUUCCUCUCCUACCUCCCCACCGAGGUGCAGCUGAUCAACGAUGCCUACAACGCCGUGGUGGACGCGGUGCUGGGCGCCGAGGCGGAGCUGGGUGAGGGGAGGGGGCCCUGCGCCGGCAUCCUCGCCACCCUGAAGCACGUCCGCAUCCCCAUCGUCAGCCUGGACGUGCCCUCAGGGUGGGACGUGGAGGCCGGGAGCAGCAGCGGGAUCAGCCCCGACGUCCUGGUGUCGCUGAUGGCGCCCAAGCAGUGCGCCCGCCGCUUCCUGGGCCGCCAGCACUUCGUGGCCGGCCGCUUCGUGCCCUACGACGUGCAGAAGAAGUUUGAGCUCAACCCGCCCGAGUACCCCGGCACAGAGUGCGUGGUGCCCCUGUGAGCCCUGGCAAUAAAACGCUGGCAGCUCCUCGCCA